ACAGAUAAUCAACGAGAUGCUCUCCUGUGCGUCAUUCAAUAAAUUGAUUUACCCAACGGCAGCGGAUGUCACCGCCAUGGCCAGUGGCAAAACGACUCCAGUUGGGGUUAAUCUCAACUCAUUGCCAGUGCCGCGGGCGCCGAGCGAGACCCAAAGUGAGAUCUCAUCGGUGGACAGCGAUUGGAGUGACAUUCGAGCGAUUGCACUCAAGUUGGGCGUACAAAAUGUCGACGAUCUGCAUACGGAGCGCUUCAAAGUUGAUCGACAGAAGCUGGAACAGUUGCUAAAGGCGGACAGCGCCAUUGAGGGCAUGAAUGGUGCAGAAUAUUUCUUUGAUAAUAUCAUGAGCACCACUGAUACAUAUGUAAGCUGGCCUUGCAGACUAAAGAUUGGCGCCAAGAGCAAGAAAGAUCCCCAUGUGCGUAUUGUAGGUAAAGUGGAGCAGGUGCAACGCGCCAAAGAUCAUAUUCUUGGCAGUCUUGACUCCAGGGGCACACGUGUUAUUAUGAAAAUGGAUGUUAGUUAUACAGAUCAUUCAUAUAUCAUUGGACGCGGCGGCAACAAUAUAAAACGCAUUAUGGAUGACACACACACACACAUACACUUCCCGGACUCGAACCGUUCAAAUCCAACGGAGAAAUCGAAUCAGGUGUCGCUGUGCGGCAGCUUGGAGGGUGUGGAACGUGCCAGAGCCUUAGUGCGACUAUCGACCCCAUUGCUCAUCUCGUUCGAGAUGCCUGUAAUGGGACCGGGUAAGCCGCAACCGGACCACGAGACGCCAUAUAUCAAAAUGAUUGAAAGCAAAUUUAAUGUGCAGGUCAUAUUUUCUUCGCGCCCCAAGCUACAUACAUCGCUGGUACUGGUCAAGGGCUCUGAAAAGGAAUCCUCUCAGGUGCGUGACGCCACCCAACUGCUGAUUAAUUUCGCAUUUGAGAGCAUUGCGAGUCAAAUUCUUGUGAAUGUUCAAAUGGAAAUUUCACCGCAACAUCAUGAGAUAGUCAAGGGCAAGAAUAACGUGAAUCUAUUAAGUAUUAUGGAUCGUACACAGACCAAAAUCAUUUUUCCUGAUCUGUCUGAUAUGAAUGUGAAGCCGUUGAAAAAAUCGCAGGUGACAAUUAGCGGACGCAUCGAUGAUGUUUAUAGAGCCCGACAGCAAUUGCUCGGCAACAUGCCAGUUGCAUUGAUUUUUGAUUUUCCGGACAAUCAGACCGAUGCCACCGAAAUAAUGGGCCUGAAUAUCAAACACGGUGUCUAUAUAACCUUACGCCAGAAGCAACGGCAAAGCACAUUAGCGAUUGUUAUCAAGGGCAUUGAGAAAUUUAUUGAUAAAAUUUAUGAGGCGCGCCAGGAGAUUCUACACCUGACGACGCCUGCCAUUAAGCCGGAGAUACCAGAUUUUUAUUACAUGCCAAAGGAUAGCGAUGUGAGUCUGGCGUAUCGAUCCCAAUUGACGGCGCUAUUAGCCGGCUAUCCGGACAGUCCGAAAACGCCGUCACUGCUGCCGCCUGCAAUGGGCGGACAGUUGACGCCGUAUGACAAUAAUAACAAGAGUCACAUGCUGCUCGGUGCUGGACUAGCCACGCCCACCGGGAUAUGUGCGCCUACACAGAAAUAUAUGCAGUUGCAUAACAGCAGCUAUCAGCCCCGUCACUUGUCGUCCAUAACCAACAACAGCAGUAGCACUAAUGUCAGUAACAAUACUAGCAACAACAACAACAACAACAACAACACCAUCAACAAUAAUAACAAUAACAACAAUAACAACUAUUUGCAAGUGCCAGGAGCUGGGUUGCUCAAGCCCCCAGCCAAUAUACCACCCACCGUAAAUGUUACAGGAUCAAUAAACAUAUCACCUAGAAAUAGUUGCAGCCAAAAUACAAGCGGCUAUCAGAGCUUCAGCAGCAGCACCACUUCAUUGGAACAAUCGUAUCCACCAUAUGCCCAAGUACAGACGACCGUCUCAUCAACAUCCUCCUCAUCGGGGGCCACUCGAGGGCACUAUUCACCCGACUCCACGUACAACAACGAAGUGAGCAGCAUUGUGGGUGCCGCUCGACUAGGUCGUCGUCUUAGCGAUGGCGUUUUACUUGGAUUGAGCAAUACGAAUGGCAUGAAUAGCGGCGCAGCGCAUCUGUUGCCUGGCAGCGCCGAAAGCUAUCGUAAUCUGCACUACGAUCUAGCUGCCGUUGCAGGCAAACAGCAACAGCAACAGCAACAUCAACAGCAUCAACAGCAGCAGCAGCAGCAGCAGCAGCAACAGCAACGCGCAUUUGAUUUUGAUAUGAAACGCGCACUUGGAUUUAAGGCCAUGGAGCGAACUCCUGUAGCAGGUGAGCUGCGCACCCCGACGCCCGCCUGGCUGGGCAUGGGUCUAAGUCGCACCUCGCCGGCGCCUCUCGAGACGGUCGAUGAUGGAAUUAGUGGUAUUAAUGGUUGGCGUAUGCCUCUCCCGCCACCCGGCUUGGGUUCACCCUAUGGACUGAGUGCCACCACGGGCUUGCUUGAUGCAACGCCCGUCAGUCGUCGAAUGCAACUCUCACAACACAAGGAUAUACACACCUUAUUGACUAGCCUCGGCCUGGAGCAUUAUAUAAAAAUUUUCGUUUUAAACGAAAUCGAUUUGGAUAUGUUUCCAACACUGACAGAGGAGAAUCUCAUGGAGCUGGGCAUAACUGCGUUCGGAGCUCGCAAGAAGCUGCUGGCGGCCAUUCAUACGCUUCUGGCUUCCGAAGCCGCCUGCAGUAGUUUGCCCAGCAGCAGCUCCUCGCAGAGCUCCUCGCCGCGAUUCUCCGGCAGCGCUGCGCCCGGAGCUGAGCGUCGCCCCUCGAAUCAGUGGUAAACCUUAUGCUGGGGAAAGGUGAUUGUUACUCAAGCUGAUAAGAUACUGCACAAACAAAAGGAAAAAAAAAAACUACAAAAAAAAAAACAAAAGCACCACAGAAUACAGAAAAAAAAAACAAUUAAAACAUAUAACAUUUAGAAAAUAACGUUUUCCUACACUCAAACUCAUUUAUUUAUUCAACGUAAUUAAGAAGGUCGCCUAGGCAUUGAAUUAUUUAACAAAUGCGAGACCAACAAACACGAAAAAUAUUAUUCAAAAACAAAAAAACAACAACACAAAACAGAAACAAAACCAAAAACACAAACAACAAAAAAAAAACAAAGAGAAACAAUGCGUAAUAUUUUCAGUAGUGUCCACAACAAAAUUUAAGAUUUACAGUUUGGCUUGACUUAAUACUCGCAUUUGUACUUAAACGAAAUUUAUUAUAUGAACUAUUUAUGAAGAUAAACAAACGUAUUUAUAAUGUAUAUUGUAAAGAAAUGAAUUUAACC